AUGAGCAAGGGUCCCGAUAGCUCAGACUACUACAGUUGGGAUCUCAACCUAAUGCCAAAAGAGACUGACUCGCGACCUGACUACCACCAAUGGGAUCAAAGCGGACAGUCCAAGGUGAAGAAAAGCCCCGUAAAGAAGAGCCCCAUUCGCCGUACCAAGUCAGAUUGCUCGGAUCGUUAUACCAUGGCUACUGCUGGCAAAAGAGGCGGAAAGCGGCCCUCCAAAGAAGCCGAGGAUAUUCUGCGACGGGAAGAGGAAAGCGAGGAAGAAGAGUCUUCUGAUGAAGAGGAGGAGGAAGAAGAAGAAGACGAGAAGACUAUGGGGUUCAAUUGGAAAACGAAGAAGCGAAUGUUGCUUCGAAGUCGUUCCGAUCUCACCGGCUUCCAGUCCAACACCGUGCGCAAGAGCAAGAAGCAAGAAGUUCGUCGCAAGAGUCGACUACCCCCAAAGAGAACAGUGAGCUUUUCAUCUGCCGAGCCGGCUUUCGUGACACUUCCACCCUUGAGAGAGGAAGACAAGCCUUUGAUGUUUUGGACGAAGGCCGAAGUGCAGUCGUUUAGAUACGACCGCGACGAAGAAAAGGCCGAGAAAGAGCGACAAAGGCGUAAUUCGCAGUUUGCAAACAAUACUGCCGGCAUGGAUUCUCUUUGGGGGUCGUCGUCCAAACCCAAGAAGAAACCAGACAAGAGCGCUGAAGAGGAGGCGAGAAAGGCCAGGGAAGCCAAGGAAGAGGCCGACAUGCAGAGCGUCAUGGAUUCGCUUGCCUUGGCCAUGGCACAAGCCCAAAUGGUUACAGGAUAUUGA